AUGAAGCAGAUGAUUUUGUUAUCAAUCCUCUGUUUUCUCUUCAUAAGCUUUGGUGUUGCUUCAGUUUCAGCACAAACAUGCAUGAACGACUAUCAGAAAUUCAAGCCAAACGGUACUUACGACGCAAAUCGCCGUCUCAUCCUCUCUUCUCUUCCUUCCAAUGUCACGGCUCAAGACGGCUUCUUCUACAGCGCUUCUAUCGGACAAGAACCGAACCGUGUCUACGCAACAGGGAUGUGCAUCCCAGAUUCAACUCCAGAAAUGUGUACCGAAUGUAUCAAGAACGUUACUGAUGGUUUAAUUAAGAGUUGUCCUGAGCAAACCAACGCGUUUAACUGGACAAGUGAUCCCACGCUUUGCUAUGUGCGCUACUCCGACACUUCUUUCUCAGGAACUUUUGUUCUGUAUCCGUAUACAGUGCUCACCAGGCCUGGAAAUACAACCUCUAAUCUUACAGAUUUCAAGGAAAUAUGGGACCGCUUAAUCAGUCGUCUGGUUAAUGCAGCCUCCGCAGCAAAAAGCACACCAUCGUCUAGUAACAACCAUUACGCAGCUGAUUCAGCGGCUUUGACACCUGGCCAGAAUAUAUAUGCAUUGAUGCAAUGCACGCCGGAUAUAUCCUCUAGUGAUUGUGAGGCUUGUCUGCGACGAAACAUAGUUGACUACCAGGGAUGCUGUGGUCUGAAGCAAGGAGGCGUUGUUAUGCAGCCGAGCUGCUACCUCCGGUGGGAGUUGUAUACAUACUUUAACGCUUUUGGUAACAUUAGGGUGGCUUCUCCUCCUCCGCAACCGCCUGUGUCUGUGCCUGUGCCUGUGCCACAACCUUCAGAAGGUAGCAAAGGAAUCUCUGCUGGGGUUGUUCUGGCGAUUACUGUUCCAACUGUUGUUAUCGUCUUCAUACUGAUUGUUCUUGGAUUGUCUCUUUUCAGGAGGAGAAAAUCAUUCCAAAGAGCUAAGAUUAAAUCUGGUAUUACAACAUUAGACUCCCUGCAAUUCGAUUUUCAUACAAUUGAAGUUGCAACCGAAAAUUUUACAAGUAGUAACAAGCUUGGUCAAGGUGGAUUCGGCGAAGUUUUCAAGGGUACGUUGCCUAAUGGAACAGAAGUUGCAGUGAAAAGGCUAUCGAAAGCAUCAGAACAAGGCGCAGAAGAGUUCAAGAACGAGGUUGUUGUUGUCGCAAAACUUCAGCAUAGGAAUCUCGUUAGGCUUCUCGGUUUUUGUCUCGAAAGAGAAGAAAAGUUGCUUAUUUUCGAGUAUGUCCACAACAAGAGCCUUGAUUACUUCCUUUUUGACCCUACAAAGCAAGGGCAACUAGACUGGACAAAACGGUACAACAUUAUCCGAGGAAUCACUCGAGGAAUACUAUAUCUUCAUCAAGACUCACGGCUCACUAUCAUACACCGUGACCUCAAAGCUAGCAACAUUCUCCUAGAUGCUGAUAUGAACCCUAAAAUUGCUGAUUUUGGAAUGGCCAGAAUUUUUGGGAUGGACCAAACAGGAGCUAAUACAAACAGAAUAGCUGGGACACGCGGUUACAUGUCCCCAGAAUAUGUGAUGCAAGGCAGAUUCUCAACGAAAUCUGAUGUCUAUAGUUUUGGGGUCAUAGUUCUUGAGAUAAUAAGCGGCCAAAAGACAAGAUUCGUCCACCAGUCACAUACCAUAGUUGAGAAUUUGGUCACAUACGCUUGGAGAUUGUGGAGAAACGGCUCACCACUAGAACUCGUGGAUCCAGCCAUUUCGGAGAAUUGUCAACCCGAAGAAGUGACAAGAUGCAUCCACAUUGCGUUGCUAUGUGUUCAACACAAUCCCACAGAUCGACCCACCUUGUCGACAAUUGACCUGAUGCUCACUAGCAUGUCCCUCCUAUUAUCUUCUCCUCAUCAACCUGGAUUCUUCUUUCCAAAUAGACGCAACCAAGAACGAGAUGGCUCCGAGUCUAGCCAGUCUACGAUCAGGUCCACUUCACACACUAUCAAUGAAGUGACCAUUACAGAUCUUGAUCCUCGUUGA